AUGGGAAAAGUGAAGAAAGAAGAAGAUGAGGAGAUGCCAACGACUUCCGAUUCUCAUACCCCUUUCACUUUCUCGCCCUCGGCGUUGUCUGAUCAACAAUGCUACGAAAAAAUGCAGAAUUUCCAGGUUUUCUGACAACGUAUAAACUUUUCAAACCUGUUUUCUUAGACUAAUACCGAGUUCUUGGACACUAUUCCAAAAGUUGAUCGAAACAAGUUUGCCAAAGGUUUUUUUCCAAGUGUAAUCCGGAAUUUUUUUUUUUUUGCAGCUGCCUUAAGAGCAAAUCCAGAUGCCACGCUGUCUUGUUUUUCUUGCCGGAAAAACUUCUCUUCAAAUAUUGGCUUCAUCAGUCACGUGAGUAAAUGUGAAGAUGCUGGCGGAACGCCAGAUGCCGCUGAUAGUCCUUCACCACCGAAGGUUCAGUUUUCUUGAAUAUUUCUUUCGAAAAAGAUCUAACACAGAAACCAAGGGUGAUCGAAAGAUUAAAAACGCCAGGGUCUAGCCGAAAAGGUAGGCCAAAGAAGAAUGGAAGCUCCGUGGAGAUGUCGCUGGAAAGUUUGCAGGUUUCUUGCUUUUUUUUCCCUCCGAGGCCUGGAACGUGUCUUUGUGAUAUGAAAAUUAUCUCCAGAAGCAACCCUCGUUGUGGAUGCAAGUGUCGGACUCGGACCGAUUGAGAGUCCUCGCCGACCUUUUCGACGGGGAGCCGCGCGUCGUUUGCUUUGGCUUCCACGACGUCAGUCGGCGUUUUCUCUUUCCCGACGUCUCUUCUGUUUCAGACAGAGGAAGUGUCGUUUUCGAGCUGCGAAGAGGCUCUCGAACACGUGAAUGCGUGCUGUUCCAGAGCCAUGUACGACUACUACAAAGUUCGUUUCCUUAUGUUUUUUAGUUGACGAGAGAUUUUCUCUACUCCGCGCAUAUCUUUCGAGUUUAUCAAUUUUUUCUUAUCAGGAUGAAAAAGUGGACGAGUUCCGAAUGCUGGACAAGGAGCUCCAGACGCAGUACAUCCGCGAGGCGAUGAGCAUGGGCGGAGGGAAAGCGCGCUGCCUGGUUUGCGGGCGCGAGUUCUCCCAUCGCUACGGCCUCUUCUAUCACGUCAUGCGAUGCAAUCUCGACGAUCAAGUUCCAUUUUACUUUCUCAUUUAUCCUGCAUUAAUUUCGUUAGGAUCGACCUUGGAAGUGCUACCGAUGCGGCUUCCUUUCGACCACCCAGAACAGCCGGGCCCAUCUCGAGCAAUGCUGGACUGGCGAGAAUCGCUCCUGCCGGUUCGUCUCCAACUUUUUUUCUUUGCAAAAAGUCAUGGGAGUACUGACUCAUUCGGUCGAGUGCGCAAAGAGCUUAGUCAUACCAUUUAUAACUUUGUUUUGGCAUUUCCUGGAAUCUUUUUUACUCUUGAAGACCUAUACAGUCGAUGCAGUUGAGAUAGUCCUCACUUGCGCGAGAAUUUAGUUUCUGAGGUUAUUUUUUUCCAAUUUAUGAGUUUAACAGAAGACUAUCCAUAUCUACAAAAAUCGCAACAUUGCAGUUGACAUUUCCAAAAAAGAAAAGUUUGCGUAGAUAGCUACCGUCAGGAGUUUUUAUUUAGAUCCUCGGAGAGUCUUUUGUCGAAGGUACAGAUUAUAAAAUUACACUAAAAUGACCUUCAUUGUUGAAUAAAACACGGGAAAGUAACAAAUUUGAGAAAGUCGUUCUCUAGUUAUCGGUCUCGCAGAGAUUGAAGUAGUAUCUGAAAAGUGUCGUAAAAAUCAAAAUACGAAGUUAUCAAUCCACAAGUUUGAUUUUAAUUUUGCGGGAUUUUCCAAGGACCCAAAAUCAACUCGGUUCAAUGACGUCUUAUCGAGAUUUUAAUCAUUUAAUCAUUUCAAUCAUUGAAGAUUUUAAGUGACAUUUCCAGAGAAUUGGCCGGCUUGAGCAAAGACACGUUGGACAUGGCCAGGACCAUAAAUGGAGGAGACGCUCUUCUGGCCGUUUCAGGCGGCACUUUGGUUCGUUUUUCAACUACUUCCUAUAAACUUUUUUUUUGUAGGACACGACUAUCGUGAGUGCUGAGGAAGCUGUUCAAAGGCUCUUGAAGGGAGCAAAUCUCACUCCAGGGCCGGUUUGUUUUUUUGGAUCUAACAAUUAUUAUUUAAUCUUUCAUAAGACACUCGAAGAAGAGGGAAAAAUAUUGAGAUAAUACAUAAAUUUUUGAAAGAAAGAACAAGAGAACAGUGGCAAAUCUGUUGAAAGCUAUGAACUAUUUGAAACGUUUGUCGAAAUUUUUUAGAGGCAGCUUAGUAUAAAAAGAUGUUUUUAACAUCAUCUCGAAUUUUAAACCUCGAUUUUCCUUUCAAUUAUAAGUUUACGAAUGUAAAUCCCUCAGCUGAACGGUUUGCACCGGCCGCGAGGAAGAAAUGGACGGCAGAUUUCUGUGACGGAUUUCGCAGCAGAGUCCGGUAGGAAAGGCUUCAACUCCAAGGGACAGCCGCGCUUCAAGUUCCGACGCUCUGAAAUCCGAGGUUCUCACGAUCUCGUUGAGGAGAAUAUAUUUUUUUCCCUUAGCGACCGGAGGCGUCUCCGACAUCAGCGAUUACUUCAAACUUGUCAAGUCCUACGGCGAAACCAAGAAAGAAUGGGACGAGGAGAUCGUUAAAAGUUCGCUGUGCAACGGAAUAGUCAAGAUCAAAUCACGCAAGUUCAGCCUUACGGAGAUUGAGGACGGGUUGGUUUCUUCCUCUUUUUUUGUUCAAAACAAGCUUUAGGGAUCCGAUUCUUCCAGUUUUUCAACGGAAAUCUGUCACUUUACGUUGUAUAGAUGAAUUCAAUGGGGUAAGUUUUUUUACACGUUCGAAAUUAUAAUAGAGGUCUAAGAUCGUCUUUCUUCUUUUUUUUUUAUUAUUAGAUAGGGAAUUUGAUGAACCUUUUUUUAAAGUUUAUUUAAUUUUUUUAUUUUUUUAAUAUUUCUUUAAGGUUAUUUUUUUACUCUUUCAAUUUGGAUAAUUAGGAAGCUCUUUCGAGAAUUUUGUUCUGUUUUCUUUUUCAUUUUCAAUUCAAAAAGAGCUGCGUAUUGAGCAAUGUAACGUCAUCAACCUAUGGGAGCCGAUUUUUUUAUUUUUCUCCCUGUCUUUUUUUAUUUGAAAAUUCCUCAAAUUGGAUUAUCAUUACGUUUAUCGAAAAGAAAAAGAGAUUUUGAUUAUUCUUGGAUUUGAUGCAGAACGAAGAGAAUACAGUGCCUCAAGGAAAACGCAUUGAAGUUCUGAGAAGCGAGAGCCUCGAGAUCCCACAGAAAGACCAAGAAGACGACGCUCCGUCGGGUGGGUCGAGCCAAACUUUGGCCGCGUUCUGCGGAUCCCCCAUCAACUGCAUCCGAGUCGCUCCCAACACACUGCCCAAUGGUAAGGACUCGGAAUUUUUUUUUGUUAGAAGGUAUCUUUCUUUGAAGGCGACACCGUCGUCUGCGUCUGCACAUUCCCCCACGAAGAAGUGCUUCAUGAGGAAGUUCUCUCUGACCUGCCAGAUCCGUCCGAAGAACCGAAUUCCAGCGUCGCGGUUCAGUUUUGGCGUCUCUCUCCCAAUGGGUCAGCGUUUUCUUUCGUAUUGAGUUAUCUCUGCAUAGAGCUGCUGAUGCGACACCAUAAAGAAAUAAUUUUCUUAAUUUUUCACCUCUUUCUUACAUUUCCUACAUUGUUACUCAUUCUCAAUUUUGCGAUCCGUGUCUCCCCGGGGGCCUCUUUUUUUUUGAGUUUUUGUUAUGAGAAUAAUGAGAAAAAAAAAAAAAAAGCUUCCAAUAUUUUUUUAGUAGCUUCAGUUUGAUGAUAAUUCCUUUUAAUUUGUUUUCGAUAUCCCUGAAGUUCAUCAUUUUUUUAAAGGCUAUAAUAAUCUUUGAAAAAAAUAUCAAAUAAUAACGUUUUUUUAUAUUCAUCCUGUCAUCAAGAAUCUCAAGUAUCUUUGACAGUCUCCCGUUGAAGAAAUUUAAAAAAAAACUGGUGACUAAUUUUUUUGGCCAGUUUGUUUUUAAAUUUUCAAAGAUCCAUGUUUCAGCCCAAAAACGCACAUUUGGUUUGUUUUACACUUGCGGAAUCGCGGAGCAGUCUUAGAUGCGCGAUGGUUGAAUCGGGCGCAAAGUGAAGGAAAAAACGAGAAAACUCUUGUCGGCUUCAUCGCACUUUCGACUUCCCACGGAGAAGUUUUGAUCUAUCGGUUGGUCUCUUUUUAUUUCUUCUCCUUCUAACAAAAAAGUUCAUUUCAAUAUUCUUUCUGAUGUGUCAGCUCGCGUUUAAAAGUUUAAAACUGCAAAACUUCUUUUUUUGAUAAAAUAGACCUGCAGAAAAAAGAUCUGAUAUGGACUCGAAUUCCUCCUAUAUUUCGCUCUACCUUCGACUAAAAAAAUCACAGUUUGUUAUGAACUUAUUAUUAUUUAUCACUGUUCUCUAAGUUUUUUUCUUCUACGCAUUAUUUUUUUACUUUUUCUCUACUAUUCCUUUUUUCGCUCAACUUUUUAAGUACGUAAGAAAAAUUUCAAAUUUUGUAAAUGGUACACUUCACCGUCGAAAAGUUAUUUUCUUCUGAUUUCGAGCGUCCGUUCUUGAAAACUAAGAAGUUGUGCAGGUUGAGACUUUCAGAAUCUCUAUCUAACACGUUAAAGAGUGUUUGAACGAAUUCUAAAAACAUUUAAGGAGAUGGAAAAGACCUUAGUUUCAAAAAGCCUUUUCCAGAAUUGAUAGCACUUCGGUGUCAUACGAGAGUGAGAAUGCAGAAGAGGUAUUUGUGGAGAAAGAAGGAGCCGAAAAUGUUUUGGUCGUCGAAAUCACCGAAGAUUUGACGCUUUCCCAAAACACAGAUCUUCCCGAUCUGUACAGCGACUCGAAAACAAAUCGGGUCUGUUUUUUUUUUUUGCAGGGACACGGCAAUCUUCGCUUUUUUUUCAAAUUAACAGAAGUUCAUCCAAGCUUUCAUGUACUUUGGAAUCAGAGAGUUAUUAAAUUUUUUGAAUUUUUUGAAUUUAUUUCGCAAAGAAAGUCCAAGUUUGAACAUUUAAUUAAAGUUCAGAUGUGUUAUUUACAAAAUUCAAUCACUGAUAAAGAAAUAUAAUUUUUUUCUCGUUUUUGCCUUUGAGUCGACUUCAAUUUGAAAUAUCUAUGAACUUUCAUACAAGAAUUCGAAAUCCUGCUGACGGCUCAAAGAUAAAAAUCGAGAAUAUGUUUCUAUUGGGGUUAACCCGCAAUUUUCUUGUCGAAAGGAAAAUUAGUAAAAAAAAAUCCUAAAAAGAGCUAAAAAAAAAUGAUCUUCCACUAGUGUCAUUGAAAGGUUACAGGAAGACCUUUUGGUCUUUUUUCUUUUAAACUUUUCCAGCAGUGGAAACAACUUUCUGUAUGUUAGUCAUGAGUCGCGAAAAUUGCCGUCAAUUCCUAGCUGAAAAAUUCUCAGCUGAAACUGGAACGGCGAUUGAUUUAAGGCGGCUGAAAAGGUCCAUGGUCCUCCGAUCACCGCGAUUACGUGGUGUGCUUCCAGCGGUGGCCAGUGGCUCGUCGGAGUCAACGCGAUGGGUCCAUCCAAGCAUCGAUCGCCCUUUCAAUGUCCUUUUUUCAGGAGCCUUGAUUGUUUGGGGUCUGAACGACCCGAAGGCGGCACCGAAAGUAAUUCUCGACAAGGAGUGGAUGUCUCCCGCCGUUGAUGUCGCUUUCAUGUCUCCAGAAUUUGGUCCGAAUUCUUGUUCUUGUGAAAAAAAAAAUUGAGAAACAAAUAACAGCAAAAAAUGGAAGUUGCUUUCUUCUUGAAUGAGAUAUUUUUUCAGUGGCGGUGGCUUUCCGUGAGAAGCUAAUCAGAAUAUACGACGUCAGGACGUGGGAAGCGGUAGGCGAGGAAUCCGCUGUGCGAACAGCUGGUAAAUUAUUUCAAACAACGUAUUGAGGUUGAAAACUUUAAAUUUUGAAAGCCAUCAAAUUACUAGAACGUAUAGUGUAAUACUCAAGUGAGCCUGGAGUAAUGUGAGAAUCGGAGCUUUGAAAAUCGAAAAUUUUUUCCGAAAAAAUGAAAAAAAUUUGGAAGUUUAAAGGUAGCCGCGUGAUGUGCGAGCCUCGAGUUCUGAGCGGCUUCGCGACUUUCCAAUCGGACUACGCCGCCGGCAGCACUCCUGCGACCUACCUUACGGCCGGCAUCAACUUUGUCCACAGCGGCGAUGAGAGAGGCUUUGUCGUCGUUCCCCUCGCUAAUGAGUAUCUUUCAAUCCUCGAAACAUAACCCAUCUCGUGCUAAUUAUCACUCAGUUCAUUCCUUGAUCAUUUCCAGGCACGAACUGAUCAUGUGGAAUUCGUCGUUGUGUCCUGAGAACGGAACUGUCGCCACCUGUGGAGUCGAUGGAAAGGUUUUUCCGCUCAAAGAAAUCUGGGAACGCUCUUUUCCAGUUGAUUGUGUCUGCCAACGGUUUGGUCACGCCAAGAGGUUCCAAAUUCGACAGCCUUUUCAACUUUUCGAGGACUUUAAUCCAGCUGCUGAGGUUCGGAGUUUCGGACAAGAUUGAGCACCUGGUCAUUCAGGCGAAGAGUUGGUCCGGUAGACGCUCCGUAUUUGGCGGCUCCGCAGUCGGAAAAUUUCGACGACCAGGUCGGUUUUGGCUCCAGUUCCAGACUCAUAUGAACGUUUAGCAGAAGUCGGCGAAAGACGAAGAUGCGAUCGAGUGCUUUGUAACUCACGAAAAAGUCGUCGAAAACAUGUGGAUCGACGUUUCGUUCCAACCCGUUCCCGUAGGAAUUCAUCAUUAUUCUUAUUAUAGCACGAUCGAAUUUGGAAAUGUUCUUUUCCUUUCCAUUUUUGUUAUCAUUUUGGUUUUCUUUUCUGUUCUCCGGACGGAAAUGUUCAAUCGAUGACUCAGCGCUCUUUCCUUUGUCUUUUUGUUUCAGCGUUAUUUUUCAAUGGCGCAGAAAAUAAUUAUUUUUCUAACAUGAAGAAAAAAACAUUUCAAAGAUGAAAUGUUAUGGAUCCAGUUUUCAGUCCGAAAAGCGAGUGCGACUUCCUCAGUCCUGCCGCGACCAGAGAAUCGAAUCCCUCAACGCCGUGGACGUGGCUUUUGCUGGAAACAUGUGAGAGUUUCAAAUGAUGUGACGAGAUUCAACUAAGACUCUUCUUCAUUUAAACUGAGCCUGAGAAAAAACUUUUGAGAAGAUGAUUGAAUAUUUUCAAUUCGUCAGGAAUAAGAGCUUUCCAGGUGUUGGUCGUUCGUGGGAGGCGAAGCGGGUCUGCUUUUCGUCGUUCCUUCCAACGUCCUGGUAGGUUCAUUCUCCCAUUGAAAUCUAGCCAGUGUAGAUUUUACGUUCUUCUCCACAAUUCAAACUUCGAUUAAAGUCUAAAUUUUCUUUGUUUCAGGAUAAAGCGACUCUGGUCGAGCAGCUGCAAAAAAAUACAGCUAUUGAGAAAAAUUAA